CCCCAACUCCCAGCUGGGAGGUGACAGCAGUGGCUCUGUGGACGCCUGGGCCACCAGCCCAGGGCUCGAGUCAGCGGCUCCGUGCCUGGGUGGCUGCGAUAGACUGGAAGGGGACCCAUGAACUUGUCCAGAUAGACCCGUGCUGAGUCACGGCUGGGAGGCCCCGCAGCUUCCCCCUCCCCGCUGGCAGGUCCCGGCGCACACCCCAUCGCUCCUCCCCGCUUAAAGGAAGGAAAGGGUGAGCCCCAGCCCUCCGCAGGGUGAGCGCAGACGGGGUGCUUCAGCCACCAGCCCUCCCAAAGCCAACCCGGCGGAGCUCUGCAGAGGACUGACCAACUCACCACAGCAGUGAGCGGCCAGCGGUCCCUCCCCCGAGAUGGAGAGUCGGCAGCACACCACCACCAAGGAGCCUGAGAUCGAGCUGUUUGUGAAGGCUGGUCUGGAUGGAGAAAACAUCGGAAACUGCCCCUUCUGCCAGCGCCUCUUCAUGGUGCUGUGGCUCAAAGGGGUCAAGUUCAAUGUCACCACGGUGGACAUGACCAGGAAACCUGAAGAGUUGAAAGAUUUAGCGCCGGGCACCAACCCACCCUUCUUGCUGUUCAACAAGGAGCUGAAAACAGACUUCAUUAAGAUCGAGGAGUUCCUGGAGCAGACCCUGGGCCCACCCACGUACCCGCACCUGAGCCCCAAGUACAAGGAGUCCUUCGAUGUGGGGAGUGACAUCUUUGCCAAGUUCUCAGCGUACAUCAAGAACCCGCGCAAGGAAGCAAAUAUCAAUCUUGAGAAGGCUCUGCUGCGGGAGUUUCAGCGGCUGGAUGUCUACCUCAACACGCCUCUCCCCGAGGAGAUCGACCAGGACAGCGUGGAGGACAUCACUGUCUCCAAGAGGAAAUUCCUGGAUGGGGACCACCUGACGCUGGCUGAUUGCAACCUCCUGCCCAAACUGCACAUCAUCAAGAUUGCAGCCAAAAAGUACCGCGACUUUGAGAUCCCAGAGGACAUGACGGGCGUCUGGCGCUACCUCAACAAUGCCUAUGCCUGUGACGAGUUCAGCCACACGUGUCCCGCGGACGAGGAGAUCGAGCACACCUACGCCAGCGUUGCCAGAAAGAUGACCUAACGCGGGGUGCGCCAGCAGCGCUGCCCCCGGCCGAGCCCCCCCACCUCCGCAGUCCUGGCACCGCCAGGCCCAGGCCAAGGGAGGGACUGGAGGGGGUUCACAGCAUUGCUACCCCCUGCCUUUCAGAAAUAGCGCCUUGCUUCACAGCCCCCACUGCCCCCUCCUCCUCCGCCAGCCAAGCACCUGCAUGGAUGCACUGGUCCCUGCCUGGCUGCUGUGGCAACUGCACCCCUGUCCCCAGAACAGCUCUCAUGGCCUGUGACCACGCAUCACGGGAAAAGCCGAGUGCUGGCCUUCUGCAGCAGAGCUCCGGUGGCAGAACUGAGACCCCCGGGGCUGGGCCUCCCCCUCUGCUGCCGGAACCACUCUGCCGGCCCCGCGUGGCCCCAGCCAGCCCCUGCGCUCGGGAAGAGGCAUCCCAGUGCAUGGCUGGGCUAGAGCUGGUUGAGUUCACCCAGUCACCCUCCUGCACAGCACCCCACAGCCUGCUUUGGGCAAGCCCUCCCUUCCACCAAGGCAUCUGGGCUCCAUCCGAGGCCACUGAAAGGCUCUGCCCUGGUAGUUUGUUGCAGUGACAAAUUGUUCCCCCUGCUAAAGAGCUGUAACCUGUGUCUAGCCCUCCAUCAGGACAUGGGAGGGAUGAUGCCUGGCACGAAAGUGCCAGGACCUGCUGUCGGAGGGAGAGAGGGGUGCAGGGACUCACGAAGGGCUGAGGAUGGAGGGCUGAGGAUCAGGGCAUCCCUCCCAUGAGUUCCAGCACCCAGGGUCAUGUGCUGCUGGCUGCAACGUCCUGUCUGGCUCCUGUGAGAUAAGAAACCUCUCCCUGCCUUGCAGGAUGCUGCAGGGGAGGCAGCCACAUGCAGCUCCAGCCCCACCACCCCUCCUGGUCCCCACCAGCACUUCAGGUGCCUCACUGGGAGAUGGAGACACGGGUAGGGCAUCUGGUAUCUGCACCCCAGUACUGGGCAGCCAAAAAGCAGGCAGAAGCUGCUUUGCAAAGCACUGUGUCUGUAGAUAGGUGGGCAGGUUUGGUGCCCCCUGGCUCAGCCUUGUGCUUUCCAGUCCAGUGUCGCUGGUGCAAGAGGAGCCAAAGCAGUUCUGAACAGCCAUGACGUCCUGUCCUCACCCGUCCAAUACCUCUGGCUCCCCCAGGGGCUCCUGCCAGUGCUGCGAAUUCAGCCAGCCCCCCGCCCCCAGCCAGUCCCAUGGAGAAAAUACUGUACAGUGAGUGAGGUGGGUCCUGCGGGGACACAGCGAUGGCAGAGCCCCCUCCAGCCCUCACUGCCACUUCCCUCUUUGCACUAAAAUGUGUGUCCUCGCGAGCCUGCCUCUGAUAGCACUGGGUUUGGGGACAGGUUUUGUUACUAAUGGAUUUUGAUUUGUUUGGGUUUUUUUUAAACUAAGAACAGCAAUAAACUAUAUUUUAAUAUGCC